CGGAAGUUAAACAAAGCCAUUGUAACAUCUGAGAAAUAAGCCGACAAGGCUCAAGUAUAAAUACAAGUUGGUGAAAAUAUGAACAUGGACAGGUUUGGUACUUGGAGGUACAUAAAAGUUUAUUGUACUACUGACCCCCUGACCUAAAACCAUGUUGAUUGUCCGCUUGUCUCUGCCUUUGUUCCUCUUCUUUCUGAUCUCUGAUCUUCAAGCCGACGUAGGAGAUGACGUCAAAGAGGCAUCAGAUGCUGUAAAAACAGGAAUCGAAGCUACUGAAGCUAUUACAGGUAUUGUAUCUGGCGUAAAGGUGCUUGCAAAGUUCACUACGAUCAUGAGCAAAGUCGCUCCUUUCCUGGCGGCAGUUGGACCACUCAUGGACAUAAUAACCUUGUUUCUUCCACAACAAGAAGAUCCAACUCUCACUUUCUUAAAAGAACAAUUUUCAAAGGUCGAUUCCAAUUUCAGAAAUGUUGAAAGACUUUUCGGAGAAGUUACAAAUCUUAUCAAAUCAAAAGCUCUCAAGGCACAGUUUUCCGAAAUAGAACAAAACGUCAACGCUUUAUCGUAUCGGCUUCACAUGCUAAUGAAAGCCCCUAAAGAUGCAGUAAAAGGCCAGAAAUCUCGAUUUAUCAAUGCCUUCAAAACCAGUUAUCUUAGUGCAGCUAAAAAGAUUUAUAAUGGCAUUAUGACUACGCAGUCGUUUACAGACAAUAUUCCAAAAGCAGCAAUGGAAUAUACAAAUUAUGAUCGCAAGAAGAUGCAGAAGGUAAUGUCUGGAUGCGUCGGACUUCUGAUGAUAGCUGUGAAGGUCAACUUAGCUUAUCUGAGGCUGACGAACAAAAAAGCAAGCUAUAAAAUGGAGCUAAAAGAAUGGGAGACCAACAUCAAGAAAGUUCUACAGAAAGUAAAAGAUGUGGAUGAAGAAGUCACUAGUAAAUGGGAAACUCAGAAAUUCCAAGACAUGAAGGACCUUUCUGCACAGUUCAAAGAAGAUGAUAACGCACAGUUUGCUAACCGGUUGUACAAGUUUUACUCUGAGAAAUAUUACUGGAGGGAUUGGGUAGUCAUCGUCUACGACAAAAUGGCCGAAUCAUGGACUGGGAAAAACGGACAUGCUUUUAAACUUUGUAAAGGGGACAAAUAUUUGGAGAAAGACAACAGAAAUAUUAUAACAUCAAGUGUACCGAAGGAAAAAGGCAAAAUUAACAAAAGCUUUUAUCAGGAGAAAUUAGGUUUAGUAACAACGGAGACAGUAGUUUUGAUUCACUACGCCUGGUCAGCGAAGUCUGUUUUGGAUCAGAUAAAGAAGUUCAGCGGCCAAGAUGUGUGUAUGCAAGCUGUUAUAUCUGAUAGGAAGAGCUCACGUGUUGCAGCCGCCCCUGGUCGCUUAGCCUCCAAAUGGAAGUACUUCUACAACAUGUACAUCUUCGGAUAAGAAGUGUGCAUGCAAGGUUAGCCUCUAAAUGGAACCUCUUUUACAAAAUGUAAAACUUCGGACAAGAAGUGACAUUUAAAUAUUAUUGAAAUAAAGCAUAGCAUAGUUUGAAAAAA